AUCAACAUGGAAGGGUUAGGUUUAGAAAACGUCAUAACAACGCUUAUUUUGGGAGUCGUGAUCUUUUUAUUUUAUUGCUGGUACUCAACAAGGGACUACCAGUACUGGAAAGUAAGAAAUAUUCCAUUUGUAAAACCGCUACCGAUAUUGGGAUCCCUACUUGAAACUUUUGGACAGUCACUCCAUUUCGUCGAGGUUGAUAGGUAUAAGAAAUAUGGAAAGAUAUAUGGUCAUUUCGAAGGAUCAAAGCCGGCAAUAUCCAUAGCAGAUCCAGCCCUCUUAAGAAACAUUUUAGUGAAAGAUUUCCACGUUUUUCCUGAUCGCAGAGCUUUUACUACAGGUGAACCAACUAUCGAUCUAAAUGUUGCAACAGUUUCUGGUGAAGACUGGAAAAGAAUUCGUUCAAUUAUAACGCCUACGUUCACCACAGGGAAAAUAAAAAAGAUGAUAUCUAUUUUUAGGGAUUGCUCUCAAGUAUGUGUAAAUCAUUUCAUGCCAUAUGCAAAAUCAGGAAAGUCUGUAGAUACGAAAGUAUUUUUCGAGGCUGUUACAAUGGAUGUCAUUGCCAGCGCAGCUUUCUCCACAAAGGUUGAUUCCCAAAACGAUCCAAACAACAAAUUUGUCUCCUCAGCAAGAGACUUAUUCAAAAACUUUUUCGGAUGGAGAUUUAUUUUGUUCUUAAUGGUUCCAAAAUUGGUGAAAUUUUUGAGGAUAAGUGUUUUGCCUCUUAAGGAGACAUGUUUCUUCAGAGAUAUAACACUGAAUAUAAUUGAAGAGCGCGAACGCACAGGAAAGGUUAGAAAUGAUUUUCUUCAGCUACUCCUGGAUACUGCCAAGGAAACUGAAGAGAAAGAGACUCAAGAAGCAGAUGACUUAACAGCUAACUAUGGUAAAGAGGAAACAAAUGAGCAGGUUCUGAAGACGACAGGAAAAAAAAAACUUUCCAACAUUGAGGUGGUUGCGCAGUGUGUCUUGUUCUUCUUUGCUGGAUUUGAUGCAGCAGCUUCAGCUCUAUCCUUCAUUUUCUAUGAGCUAGCCCUGAAUCCAGAUGUUCAAGAGAAACUGAUUGAUGAACUGGACGAAGCUUUAGCAGCUUCUGAUGGUAAGGUAACUUACGAAGCAGUACAAAGCAUGAAGCUUCUUGACAAUGUCAUCUCAGAAAGUCUUCGAAUUUUUCCACCAGCUGUAAGGUUGGAGAGAACAACCAAUGAAGACUAUGACUUAGGUUACAAAGGAAUAAAGUUGACGAAGGGAAUGAUGGUUACUGUUCCAGUGUUUGCUAUGCACCAUGAUCCUAAAUACUAUCCUGAACCCGAAAAGUUUAAUCCCGAUCGGUAA